AUGCCUGGCGGCGACGAUAAGCUCGGCAACGAGAAUUUCACGGUUGAGAUCGCGAGGAAGCGCGUUGGCAAGCAAUACUUGGCCAUAUCUCAUGUUUGGUCCGAUGGGUUGGGCAACGUGGAGGGUAACAGUCUCCCAAAUUGCCAAUUAAAGCUCCUUUAUGAGCAGGCAAGGUGUGUCCUCUCAGGUGGUGAAUAUGUCCCUCGCUAUGAGGACGGCCCAUUUGGUCCCCUACACACUGGCGCCGCUCGACUUGCCCAUUUCGCGGGCAACCAAGUACUGCGCAAAGACGAUUCAGUACUAUUGUGGAUUGAUACCUUGUGCAUACCGCAUCAGCCUGAUGUUCGGAGCAUGGUGAUUCAGCGCAUUCCUUACCGGACGAUGAUUCUUGAUUCAGAGAUGAGGCAAGUGAGCGCCAGCUCUACAAGUCGCCUGGAACUUCUCCUGAGAGUGCUCUACUGCUCGGGCUGGAUGCGCCGGUUAUGGACACUUCAAGAAGGACUAGCUGCUAAGAGCCGGCUGUACGUGCUGUUCUCUGACAAAGCAGUCAAUAUUUCCACUAUUGCCGACGAGCUCCUGACCAAGCUUGACCGAGGAAAACUGCCCAUCACACAGGAGAGAAUUACCACCUUCGCCAUUUGUGUUUGGUUCUCCUAUUUUCAACACACUAUUGAAUACGCAUCCAAAUUCGAGCGUUUCGUCGACUUUGUUGCUAGCCCCUUCGAGAAACGUGACCUUACCAAAGAUCGACUAAUUGCAUCGAAUUGGUUUCACGUAGCCACUCGAGCCACCAGCAAGACAGGCGAUCGUCCAAUCAUACUAGCAGGCAUCCUCAAUCUCGACUUGAAGGAGAUUCUCGCAGUCAAAGGUUCCGAUGAACGAAUGCGGAGGUUCUACAGCCAGCUUGACGGUUUCCCCCAAGACGUGCUAUUCCAGCCCGGGCCACGGUUCGAAGAAGAUGGAAUGCGCUGGGCGAUGAGAGUCUGUCAAUACGACGAAGACCUCGGCUAUCUCUCAAGUGGAGCCGGAAACAUUACACCCCGAGGACUCCAGAUCACACUAUUUUCGUCGUGGUUGAUCCCAUCCCGUAUAAUGUUCGACCUCGGCCUGUUUAACCUCGACCAAGGGCAACUGGCCUGGGAGCGGUGGCUUGAAGAGCACAGCCUUGAAGAAUCAAGCAGCCUGCCUACUGCCUGUCUGCUCGAGACCAACGGCCCCCUUACUUUCGAGCCAAAUGCGACAUACGGGAUUAUUCUGCGCGAGUCCAAAGUUUUUCAGCAUGGUUCCAAGGUAACAUGUGCAGUGGUGUUACUACGCACGACGGAGGAUGGAGUCCACUAUGCACAAUAUACCUGCCGGGGGACAAUCACAUCAAUCGCCAGCGCUAACUUUGGAGAUUUGCCAGAGGAAGGCUAUUUGGUGCCAGUCACCUGGACUGGCCAACAAAACCGUGAAUGGAAAAGCGACGUACAGGCUUUAGCACGUCGUGCUGUGUGUGUCGAAACGAAGGAAGUCUAG